AUGGACGUGAGCUACGAUGACAUUCCGCUGCAGGUGCAGGUGCCGGUGCGAGUCUUUUCCGCCCAGUGUGACCCCCUCGCGGCCGUCAUCUUUUUCGACUUUUGCGGCAAGCCCGCGCAAAUCACGAUUUCCGCGACCGCCGCUCCUCCGCAAGCGCAUCCUAGCAGCAGCAGCAGCAGCGGGUACGAGGCGCUCCGCGAGCGGCUGUACGCGCUGGCGCAGGUGCUCGCGUGCAAGAGCCGGUUCUACAUGGCCGGGCCGUACAUCCCCGUGGCGAGCCAGAUGGAGGAGCUGCUGCGCGACGUGAUGCUGGACGCGACGCCGCUGCCGGCGCCGCCGAUGGACUGGCUCGGCAGCUACCCGCUCGAGUGGUUCCUGAGCAUGGGCCGGCAGCCGUUUCUGCUGACCGAGGAUCACCGGCGCGGCGGCGGCCAGGCCUGCGCCGUCCGCGACGAGGCGUGGCCCGAGCACGCGCCGUCGGCCAAGGACCUGCAGGCGCUGCUGCUCCCGCGCGCGCUGCCGGCGCUCUCCACGGCGCACCUCAAGGUCGCGCCGGUGCGGUGCGGCCGCAACCGCGUCAGCGGCACCAUCACGGCCGACGUGCCGGGUCUCCACCAGCCGUACGCGGGCGGCGGCGGCGGCGCGCACACGUACACGUUUGUGUGCCUGCGCGAGCUCGGCGCGCGCGCCGCCGCCGACGGGAGCCACCGCGCCAUGGCCUACCAGAUCCAGCAGCUGGAGCUGGUCGCGCAGGCGUGCCGCGGUCUGACGGCCGAGGCGCGGCAGGCCGUGUGCGUGCCGACGCUGCGGGCCAGCCUCGUUCACGAGUUCGGCGCCGGCGCCGGCGGCGGUCGCCUGCCGGUGGGCAUGCUGCUGGACGAGCUGCCGAAGCUGGUGCCGCUGCGGGCGUGCACGGCCGCCGCGCCGCCCGGCGUGGUCCGGGAAUGGGUGCUCCGCAUCUGCCGCACCGUCGAUUGGCUCGCCGACAUGGGCAUCGGCUGGGGCGGGAGCUUCGCCGCUGACCACAGGGGCCACGCGCUGCUCGACGCCGUCGUCGUCGACGCCUUUUCCCGCCCCUGGCUCAUGGACGGCUUCGCUGACUGCGGCGAGGGCAAGAUUCUGAAUGAUCGGAUCGCGGCCGAACUGCUCCGUGGCGAGUAUGGGUUGGGGGGGAUGUAG